AUGGCAAGCGCGCGCAGCCGGCAAGCAGAACAAGAUUGCUGGGACUACUGGCAGGAGACGCAGCCCCAGCAGCAGAGAGGAGAACUGGCCAAAGGAAGCAAGGAGAACAAGCCCGCAGGUGAGCCGGCUGUGGCGAAAGGCAUGCAGGAGAUGCCAAAGGCCGCGAGAGAACCUCGUUUGCUUUGCCCGCUGGAUGUGAAGCUCGCUUCAAAGAAGUUCUCUGCGGACUACGUGAGCGGGAGCCAGCCAGAUGGCCGCCAUCCGGGUACUUUGCUGGACUCGGCGGUGCGGCAGGUGAAGGCCAACGGCAGCUGGGAUAGCAUCUGGUACUUGGGCUACGAGGGCCCUUUGCGGGUGCAGAGAGUGAAUGGGAACAUCGUGGCCAUUGACAACUGGAAGCUCUACGUGCUUCAGCGAGCUGCCGCGAUCCGUUUGCCGGCACGGUCGCAGUGUCUGGCCUAUUUCAUGGACGAGGGGCCGAGUCCGCAGGAUUUGUUGAUGAACUGCACGGUAGCGGACACCAUCACCGUGGAUUCCCCCUCAGGUGUCACUGAGAACCAGCCGCGGCAGGACGUGUUCUGGAAUUGGCGCGCAGCAAGGCCCAUCGUGUGGAACCCGUGA